ACCUGUCAGUGUAAACCCGCGUAGAUGAUGAAACAGUGGCUAAUCUGUCACACCUUUCUACGUUUUUGGUAGAAGCAUAUUAAACUAAAUAGCAUGUCACUUGGUGUUGAUUUCACGUUUAAGUCAACAUGUCUCAAUUUGUUGGUAGGUGGAGAGCAGAGACAACUUCCGAUGAGGUUCCAGGUUAUACAGAGUUUAUGCCUGUUCUAGAUGUACCAGAACACGUUCAAGAGAUGAUAAAAGGUAGAAUUGUUACUCUUGAGUUAGCCCUAGAAGGGGAUACGUGGACAUCGAAAUCAAGUCUGGAGGGAAUGCCGGGGAGGAUCAACAAGUUCAAGCUUGGACAAGAUGUAGAAUCGGAGAGGAUGGACGGGACCAUACAGAACUUCAGAAAUAUCACUGAUGGCGAUACAUGGAUUGAGGAAAUUACGCCAGUGUCCAAUCCCAAUGGGAAUUCUAUUGUGACGAAACGAACAGUAAACGGCGAUGUAAUGGACGUAAACGUAACCAUUGUUGGACAGGGAGCCUCGAUAUCGUUUAAGAUGCUAAGACAGUAGGCUGUAUUUCCAUUUAGUCUUCACUCCAUCCAUCACGGCCAUGCUUAGUGCCCAGCGUGAAAGAAGUGUACUUUUAUCUCUUUGUCUCAUGAACUUAAAUACAAUUGUAUAUUGUUUUAAUUGUUCUAGCUAUCACACUUAAUUGUGUUAUUGGUGUAUAUCUUAAUUGAUAUUUAUGCUUUACACUCAGAAAGAAAACUUGAUUAACAGGUUUUGAGUAAAAUAACCACCAACAUGGUGACUUUAGAAUUGAUUAUAUACAUUGGAGCCGUUUUUGUGACUCAAAAAUACUAGUUAUAAUAAGAAUAACGAAGGAUUCCAACACAGUAUGAUUGUAUUCCAUAAACAAUACAAUCAACUACUUUAUGAUGACAAUAAUCUCAAAUCCAUGUCAGCUAGAGGGUUUGCCUGCCUUUUAUAUGUCAGGGACAAAGGUAGUUGGCUAGUUAUGUACAAUCCAUGAAUUGAAAUCAAAUAAUUCUAUAACAUCACUAUUAUUGAUUAUUCGCUAGUUAUCACAAAUUAUUAAUGUCCUUUCCGCAAAAGUAUACACAUUCAACAAUGCCUAAAUUUUAUUAACAGCAUAAUGAUUAACAGUUGGGCAUAGAAUGAUUACAGGUGGUUUACUCUUUAAUCAUGAGUAUUAGGGUUUCUCAUGUUUUCAACACUAGAAUUUCUAAAUUAUUGACUAAUGUAAAUGUGAAUGUACAGUUGUAUAUUAAAACAAAAAUCUUUA